AUGACAGAAUUUAUUGGAUUUGAAGUUGAAAUUAUUACAGCUGCUUUUGAAACACUUUCUGGAAUUGUCGCAUACUGUGAUGAUUCGACAAUCAAUCUUUCCUCUCCCACAAUCAACAGGAAAGAAAUUUCGCAGCCAGAAUUGUCUAUUGAUGCUACCGAAAUCAGGAGCAUUAAAGUGCUUUCUACCGCUGUUAAUAGAAAACAAGUGAGUCAAAAUUCAGAUGGCGUUAAAAGAACUCCCUCGUCGCGGGAACUCAGGCGCGAACGUCUCAAGAAAAUUCCUGGCGCAAUUACUGCAUACGUUUGUGAUAAAUCGCCACCAAGAGUUGUUAAAACUCCUCAACCCCAGAUGAUCAACCACAGGGUCACUUCAUUAGAUGACCUCAACAGAUCUUACAAAGGGCAGAAUGUCGUCAAGGAUGACAGCCUUUCUUCCAAUCGUUGCAAAAAUACACCAUAUUUGAAUCAAAAUUUACAGAGUGAUUCCGCCUCUGGAAUUGAAAGCGAUUAUGCAACUUCUAAACCUAUUAAGCAUACUGGAAGGCGGUCAAAAUUGCGAGGAAGACGUAAUUCUUCUCGGCAAAAUGACUGCUUCUCUCUUCGUGUUGAGGAUUUUCCGGAAACAGAGUUUGAUUUUGAAGCUAAUUUGGCAAAAUUCGACAAAAAGGCGUUUUAUGAAAUGACAGAUGCAAAGUGUGGUGGUGACAAUGGGAAAAAUUGCUACCCUCUUGACUUAAGUCCUGAACUUGAGCAUAUUCUUAUUGAGGGACCUAAUGGGAUUGGUUAUGUGACAGCUCCUGUUGCUAAAACCGUAAUGGCCUCAACUCCCGUUAAAGCGUCCUCUGGAUCCCCUGCGCCCAGUUUCUCCUCCGGUUCUAAUUGGUUCACUCCCAGUGGGAAAAGAGUUCCCGUUGUGGCGCCAAGUGUACUCGAUAGAGCGCUCCAAUUUUUGGCGACUGGAUGGGAUCCCACGGGAAUAACAAAUUCCCUUCCCAUGGGUCUCUCAUGGACUCGCAUCAUUGAGAUGGCUGGACAAGCUAUUAAAACAGCGACAAAUUGCUUCAAUGAUGCAAAAUUUAAUUUUAGCCAAGCGGCGCAGAGCCAGUCGCAUCCCCUCCGUGUCCUGGUUCUUCCCGGCGAAGAGAAUUGGUCCGGCGCUCUCGCAUUGAAUCUAGCGCGUCAUCUAGCCAAUCGUGACUCAGCCUGCGUACUUCUUCACAACCCCCCUUCGCCAACAUCUUCCUCAGCUCAUCGACCCACUCCUCCCAUUUCUUCCCACCCAUUCCCUACCUACUCAGAGGAACUCAUCCUUGCUCAAACCCUCACUCCUCAGAGCUCCAGUCUCUUCCAUCCGAACAGGCCUCUCAACCAAUCCUUCAGAACUCAGGAUUCAAGCGGCGAUGAAGAAAGCUUCGAGGAUGAAGUUAUCGGUUCUUUCGCUAAAGAAGGCAAUCUUAAGUACUCCACUCGCCGUUUGUGGACUGGAAGAAUCCCUGGAUUGAUUCUUGUCACCAAGUCCCCCUCGUCCAUUGCUCGUCAACUCACAAGUGCUCAUAUUGAUCUUCUGGUAUUAGGUCAACCUCUUGAAGAAUACUCAGCGGAAACCCGUCAGUGGUUAGAAAACAUCAAGGGGAUUGGUUGGGCUAUUCAACUUGGAGCACUUAGACCACCGUUUAGAGCGAAUUCUCUAGUCCCAUCACAGGCGCUCAGGAGAUGGGUAAUUCAGCUGGGCUUGCCCGUUGCUUCUCCUAUGCAAGUUAAUGACUCACUUGAGGUCCACCUUGUCGAUGUGGGACUGAAUAAGUGGAUUUUGAGUCGAAUGACUACCGACCAGCGCUCGUUUCCUCCACCGGGUAUGUUUGAGACGAGCCCGUGUAUUCGUCUGAUGAGCGAUAGCAAUGGAACCGCGUAA